AUGGCCGAGAAUCUCCCCAAUAGCGAAGUUAUCUCCGAUUGCGGUCUCGAAAAUUUCUACCCCAAUGAGAGGACUACAUUUGUCUUCUGGGACUUGGUGAAAUACCAAAUUCCUAGGGCGAAGCUUCAACCUGCAGUUGAAAGUAAUAUCAGAGCAGCUCUUUAUAAAAUGGGCCUUUAUGGUUGUGUGAUCAUGAGAGCGUAUGGUGAGAAGAAACUGGACCACCUCAAAGAUGACUUGUACGAAGCCGGAUUCUAUUACAAACCAAACGGUGAAGUGGCUCUGGACGUUAUUCUUUACGCUAAUACGUGCGCACCAACGACACGAGGAAAUUUCAUGGUAAUCCCAAGACCAGACCCAGAUAGUGAGUUGCAUAGGGUUCUCAAGUGUUUGCAGUCGAGAAGUCACGAUCUUCUCUUAGUAAAGCCGCCUGAUGACGACGAUAAGGCACAAGAUGGUUUACUUCUCCAUUCCGUAGAGUCGCUAGUUGAAUGUACACAAGCUUUAGAUGGAGGGAAGCCUAUCAUCAGAGGGAGAAGAAUGGGAGAUACUCCUCUGAUCGGAAGUUUCUCCAGCCUCAUGUCUCUGUUGUGUCGUAACUCGUUGAUGCCUUCUUGUCAAGGCUCUGAGAGGGACACAUUCGUCUUCUGGGACUUGGUCAAGUACCCAAUCCCUAGUAGUGCAUGUAUUAAAUCUGCCGGAGAAAAUAUCGCAGCUCUUCAACACAUCGGCGUUCAUGGUUGUGUGGAAAUCCUGGCGUAUGGUGACAAGAAACUGAACCAAAGUGACUUGUACAAAGCCGGAAUCAUGUUCAUACAAGGGUAUUGUCAAAUGGUUUGGGCCCUUAAUAGUUUCCUACACCGUGGCCGUCAAGCAAAUAUAAUGUUAAUCCCAAGACCAGACCCAAUCAACGGACGGCUGCUCAAUAUUCUUAGGCGUUUGGAAAGGAAUCAUCACAAUGUUCUCUUAUUAAAGCCGCCUCUUGAUGGCAGGGGACUCGAUUACGACGACUUUAAUAUAUUUCUCCAUUCCGUGCAUUCAAUAGUUAAGUGUACACAAGGUUUACAUGGAGGAAAGCCAAUCAUCGGAGACAGAAGAAGAAUGGAAGAUUUCUCCGAGCGUAUCACACACUACAACAAGGACGGUGCAACGGUAGGCUUUUUCUGGGACGUGGAGGAUUUUCCAUUCCCUGAUGGUUUGAGUCCUGAUGAGAUCUAUGCCAAAAUCGUAUCAGCAUUUCGUGAAGAUGAUGACGUGACCCCCAUGUCAAUAUGGGCUUACGUUGAUGACAAGGACGUGUCUUGGGGUGGGGAUUUCCUGAAAGACAAGACUUGGGAAUCAAGUAUCAACUUCCUUCCCGGAGGAGGGGAUAAAUCGGCGAGACUUAAUAGAAUGUUGCAUGACAUUCAUUUAUGGGCAUUGGACACUCGUGUUCAUGUUGCAUAUGUGUUCGUUGUAUCGGAUAAAGUCAAGCGUCACAAGGAGUUCUCCCGUAGGCUUAAAUAUAUGCAUGGGUCUGAUUACAAAGUUUUCUUAGUAACUCCGUCUGGGAGCGGCGAACCAGCAAAUGGCAGUGAGUGGCCAGAAUCGCAUUUUGGUCAAACAUACAGUUUUGCUAGCUAA